CGAUCUUGCAAGGAUUUCUCUGCCAUGAGGUAAAUGUGGUGACAUUGGGAGGCUGUGACUUGAAGAACUACGUAAAAAAGCUCAUGGUUCAAUUCUCCUCAUUCUUUACCCCACAUUCAAGCCGGAACAAUAGCAGCAAGCCAACAAUCGUUCCAGACACUCAAAGCAGAAAGGCAUCAAGCACUGAGAAAAUACUGCACUGGUCGCAAAGAUGGCGCGCCUGAGUGCUCAAGGCGUUGCGUCUGCAGAGGUUCAGCAAUCUCCGACCCAGUCGCUCAAUACCACCUCCGAAACCACCAACGAUGAAGCGGUUCCGCCCUUCUUCAACACGACUUUCUCAACUCAUCGUGUUUCCCCCAUGCACAUUGGGAAAUCACGUCUCACCAGCCAACGGCUCCAAGUUAUCGCCAGCCGCCUUCGUGAUACCCUUGUCGGUGAUGUAGUUCGUGGCAUUCAACUCAGUUUGGAGGCAGCAGAUACAUCUUUCGGCCAAGUUGGUGCUCUCAAGGGUGUCCGAAUCGAAUGGUUUCAUGCCAGUACGUUUUUGGGUGAGGACGCUGCUGAGUUCGACCUCGAAGCUCCACGCGGCGAUCAGAGUGACCUUCCAGACGACCAGAAACAAGGGCUCUGGAUAAGCAUAGAGCAUGAGAAUGCUGCUUAUGCUGCGAUUCUUCUACCUGGAUUAUCAGACUCUUCAGAGUCGCGGCAAACCGGUGAUAAAAGCAGGUUCCUCUAUCUGCCAUUAUUGUUAAUGCGCAUGCCUCAGCAACUCAAGACCGUUGUGGCAAAUUGGCUUGCUGCUUCUUUCGACUGUCGCGUCAGUCGGAUAACGAUGGGAACCAAGACUAUUCUCGGAGUAUGGGAAAGCUGGAUCGUAAACGAAGGGCUCAACGACCGAGGUAUUGACUUUACCAUAACACUUGCAUUCAACGUGUCGCUUCAGACCAGCGAGGACCCAACAGCUAUCGACAAAACCCAAACUCAAGAGGAAACCAAGCCUAACCCAGGGCUUCGAUCUGUUGAUAUCACCAUAUCUGCACAAGACCUUCGCCGCUUUGUGCGCGCUGGUGAGAAGAGUCAUAUCCCGGUUGAUGCUUCUUGGCAAGGAGACGCCCGUGAACGCCGUAGACUUGCUGGUGGGAACACGGACGAUGGCUGGGCUUGGCGUACAAACGGUCCUUCGGAAGCAUCCCCCUUCACCGAAGCCUUGGGGCUCUAUCUACAUCACCAUCUUGCACUGAAUCUUUUUCAUCCCGGCGUACAUGUUACCCAGAUCUCCUGCGCUGGGUUCGUGCUCGGCCAGAGUCGCCUAAAGAUCAUAAUGCCUGGUGAGAUCAGCCAGAGCCUCUCCCGCGCUGCGUGGUCCUUUAUGGCGCAACUUGGACAAAGGGUUCAGGGCGAGCAGCUGCCGCAGGUAUUUGCCAAUCAACCUGGAGUUUGAGCCAACGCAUUAGCUCAGUUUACCGACAUCCACCUGGCACCCCCGGUUCGUAAAUGCUGGUGCGCCAGGAACCAGAUUUUAGUGCUGGGCCGUUCAGUGCAUUUCUUUGUUCAAAAUGGGUCUUGACGCAAUGUUUUCUUGCCCAUCAUGACCAGACUGAUGGGCAAUCCUAAGAGUUCAGCAAUCACGAACCAAAUGAUGCGAAUGACAAUGGAAGGGCGAAUGGUCCAAUGGUUUGCUUUCACACGCCAUCUCUCGUUUCACGGAGUAACAUAUGACGAAAUACCAUCGGCCCUUUUGACAGUAAUGAAGAUACAAUUUCUGUCCAAGAGCGGAGAUUUCAACUCGGAUCGCCCAAUACUAGCACCCAGCGUUCUUUUCGGGAACACUUUCUUUCUCAAGUAUCCUUGACAGGCGGCAGCUUCACUGCCUGCCACUGCGACAAACAUUGCUUUUGGGAUGCUGAGACUGACCGCGGAAUCCCAUUCUCGUCUGCACCAUUGUCCAGAAAGAAAUCACUGGAGCUGAAUCAAGCAUAAUCAAAGCCUGCGACUUUUUUUAGUUAAUAAGUCUAUAUCUUUUCAUCCUGCAGCAUGUAAGUCGAGGUGUCAUAUUCUGUCAGCCUCAAGCGUCACAUAUGCAGGAAAAGCUGUUUGUUGGUUUGCAGUUUAAUUUCGCAAAAGCGCUUCUUGGAUGUGGUGCAAACUGUAAUCUGUGCUGUCUAAUCGGGCACCAGUACCUUGGCAUCAUUUAACCAAGGCAACAAGCCAGACAAACAAGGCUGUAUCGUGAAAUGUGGUGGAGGUGGCAACAAAGAGGGGUCUAUUUUUGGUGAUUAUCUUGCACAUUAUGGAACUCGUGCAUUUGAAGCUGGAGAUACGACAAACAAGAAGGAUGUUGCUUCAAUGUCCUUUUUUGGUCUUUGAGAUGGAAGGUUUCCGGUCAUCUUCAUCGCGAUCGGGAGGAGCAAUGCCGUGGCAUGCGACAAUGGCUGAUGGUGUAUCAGAAGUUCAGAUGCGCACUACGGAAUCGCUGACUCAAUGGCCAAGGGCUACAGCAGCAAGCAAAGCUGGAGCCAAGCUUUCAUAUAAGGCUCGGGAUAAAUGUCAACAAAACCGAUGCCAGGAAGCCACAUGCAAGUGCCAUGCUCAUUGACAACAGAAGAAAUAAAAGUGUUUGCCGUCGCCAAGCAUCGUUGAGCCUCCAUAUCAAAGCUUAUGGUGGCACCAUAGGAUGCUAUUCAUAGUUUUACGAAGACCAUAGCGCAGUUAUUUGCGUCGUUAAUUAACCCUGAUACAAUGGAUCCAGUAUCUUGGCCAAGUCUUUGCCAUUCUUCUCAGGAGCCAAAGUUAGCA